CCAGACAACAGCAACGUGAUGAGGUGUGUAGAAGCAGAGACAGUUUCGAUUGAUUCCAUCGAAUCCCAUCCUUAAACAAAAGAGGGGCUUCCACUGUAGUUUUCUAUUUUUCUCAACAAAAACUUAAAAAAAACAACAAAAUCAAAAACAGCACACCAUUCAGUCAUUAUUGCUCUUAUUCAUUCUCAUUUACGUAUUUCUUUAUUUCACAACUUGUUUUGCUACAACCACAGCUUUUAAUUACAGUACACGAACAUUCUACUCCUCUAAUUCAACUACAUCAUGGGCAAAUCGCAAUCAAAAUUGACUACAGAAGAGCUUAAGGACCUUCAGCGCUGCACUCGCUUUGACAAGAAAGAGCUUCAGCAAUGGUACAAAGGUUUCAUUAAAGACUGCCCGAGCGGCGAACUCGACAAGCCAGAAUUCCAGAAGAUCUAUAAGCAAUUCUUCCCCUUUGGAGACCCUUCGACCUUUGCAGACUACGUCUUCAAUGUCUUUGACUCAAACAAAAAUGGAAAGAUUGACUUCAAGGAGUUCAUUGUUGCCCUGUCCGUUACUUCCCGCGGAGAUCUUGAAGACAAGUUGCAAUGGGCGUUCCAAUUGUAUGAUAUCGAUCAGGACCAGUCUAUCACAUAUGAUGAGAUGCUGAGCAUUGUGGACGCCAUUUACAAGAUGGUUGGCACAAUGGUAAAGCUUCCUCCGGAUGAGGAUACAGCUGAAAAGCGCGUCUCGAAGAUUUUUUCACUCAUGGACAAGGACAGAGACGGAAGAUUGACCUUUGAUGAGUUCAAAGAAGGUUCCAUGAAGGAUCCCACAAUUGUACAGGCACUCAGUUUGUAUGAUGGUCUUGUUUAAGUUGCUAUAGCAAUAAAUUGAUUUGACUGCCCAUUGUCCAUUGACGGCAGCACCAUUCAGUCCUUUGCUUUUUUUUAUGGUUAUCAGAACUUAAAUAAAAUUCU